ACGUCGCGGAGCCUAUUAUAUUUCUCUCCCGCAGUAUAAGAGCCCCAGUGCCAAGACGUCUUGGCGAACUUCCUCGCGACUCGCAGUUGACCCUCCUUCCUCGCUUGGUUCCCUCCCGUCUCCGCCGCCUCUGCUCUUUCCUGAGAGGGCCUACUAGCCAUUUUUUUUAUUGUCCAUAUUUUCCUCCACCUCUUUCCCUUUUCUGUUUUCUUGCCGCAGACUCCUCGACCGCCCCAGAAUAAAGAAAAGGGCUUACGCAGCGCUGCGCCUUCCCACGUUGCCCCUCAAUAUUUCUCGGCCUCUGCCGUCUCAUCCGUCCUCCCCGCCUCUACACCACUCAACCCAGAUAUCUCCAUCCGCCUUACCAAGUCAUCAACCUUGCCCUACGCGUAACCCCUAUCAACGAGAAAGAACCACCAUGUCUUUCUUCAAGAAGCUCACCAAGGAGUUUGAGGAGCUCAAAACCUCCUUCUCCGACGACAAGCCUGCCGAGAAGAAGGACAACCAGCAGCUCCAGACUGGCGAACGCGGCUACGGUGAUCACUCGCAGCAGCAGCAGUACGGUGGCUACGGCGGCGCUUCCCCCUCCAACAACCCCUACCCCUCGCAGGCACAGCCUCAGUCCGGCCCGGGCUACGGAUACGGCAGCCAGCCCAGCUACGCCCAGACCCCGCCUCCGGCUCCCCAGUCCGCCGCGCCCCCAAUGGCCGCCCCACCCGUCUCGAGCGGCUGGCUCGUCCAGUGGGAUACCAACCACAACCGCUGGUUCUACGUUGACCAAAGCACCGGCCGUUCUCAGUGGGAACACCCGUCCCCUCCUACCGGUCCCCAGGGCGGAUCCUCCUACGCCCCGCCUCCCGUCCCUUCCUCCGACAAUAGAGCUUUCGGAGGCGACCAAGGCCACGGCUACGGCGGCGCUGCGCCCUAUGGCCAGCCCUCCUAUGGUCAGCCCUCCUAUGGCGGUGCUCCUGCUCCCUACGGCCAGCAGGGCGGUACCAACCCCUACGACGACAAGGACAAGAAGAAGAGCAACAGCAGCGGCAUGCUCCUCGGCGCUGCCGGUGGUCUUGCCGUCGGUGCUGUUGGUGGCGCCCUGAUCGCGAACGCACUUGAUGACUCGGAUGACGAGCACAAGGCCGCCGCCGCUGCAACUGCCCCUCAGCCUCAGUACGGCGGCUACCAGGACCCCUAUGCCGACCCCGACAUGCCUCCGGCUGUUCUCCCUGCCACUGACGCAGACGGCUCAUCGGUCUCGUCGAGUGACCGCGAGGAUGUUCAGGAUGCCAGAGCGGAGUAUGAAGAGGCUCUUGCUGACGCCGCCGACUCGGACGCCAGCAGCAGCGACCACGAGCGUCUCGAGGAGGCCAGAGAGGAGUACGAAGAGGAGUACGAGGAGGCGUACGGUGACGACUGA